ACUAACCUAUGUUGUUUGUGCAGCAUAUUGCAAUGUGCCUAACCCCUCCUUUACUACAUUGCACUGGCUGGAGUACCUGCUGGUCUCCAAACGUCAUGAGGCUUCAGUUAUAAGUGCAGAUAAUAGAUCAUUUCACUGCUCGUUUUUAUACAGGAGUGUAACGUCCUCAGAGAGUGAGAGGCACACAGACUGAAAGAUGUUCUAUUCAGGUAUCCUCACCGAGCCUAGUCGGAAGGAAGUGGAGAUGAGGGAAGCUGCAUCUCUCCGACAACAGAGGAGAAUGAAGCAGGCAGUGCAGUUUAUUCACAAGGAUUCAGCUGAUCUGCUACCUCUGGAUGGACUGAAGAAACUGGGGACUUCCAAAGACACUCAACCACAUAACAUUCUGCAAAGACGUUUAAUGGAGACAAAUUUAUCAAAAUUACAAAACAACCGAGGGACAUGGACUCCAAAGAACGACAUCUCAGCACAGACCAAUAAGCUGAAUCAAACCAAGCCAGACAACCCAAAGAAAAAGGAGGAAGAAGACUUAAUAUUAGUGUGCUGUCAGUGUGCUGGAAAGGACUUGAAAGCUGUGAUUGACACCAGUUGUCAGUAUAAUCUCAUAUCGUCCGCAUGUUUGGAUAGACUGGGGUUAAAGGAGCAUAUCAAAACAUACAAGACUGAAGGUGCGAAGAUUUCAUUACCACGCGAUAUGAAAGUGAUUGGCCAGAUAGAACAUUUAGCUGUUACUGUGGGAACUAUCCACGUGGACUGUUCUGCAGUUGUCACAGAAGAAAAUGAGAAAAACUUCUCCCUUGGGCUCCAGACCUUGAAAUCUCUGAAGUGUGUCAUAAAUAUGGAAAAGCAUCACCUUGUACUGGGGAAGACAGAGAGAGAAGAAAUCCCAUUUACUGAUAAUAACAUCUCCACAAAUGGAGAGAACUCUUCUGAGGAAUAAAGACAGAAACACUCACAAAUGAGAAACCCUGACAUCAAAGCAAAGCUGUGCAACUGUUCCAGAGGAAAUUGCAACAUGUAUCAUUGAUAACACCUAUGCUAGGCUAGCGCUGUAAAGCUAAAUUAAAUCAUAUUCAGUAGCCAGUACCUUAGAAAUGUUGUCUUGUUUUUGAGAUAGAAACAUAUGCUUAUUUUCUAGACUCUUAUAUAGUGCACCACUGAUUAUGAAUGGUCUGACAAACCUGAUGAGUUUACUCUAAUGAUGCAAAAAGUACUUUUUAUAGCAGCCUCAAAUGAAGCAACUGUGUUUAUCUGUGAUUAGAAGCUACCAGAAUUAGAUUUUUACUAAUGAUUUUUUCAAUAGCUACUAUUUAUAUACACUAAAUUGACAUCACCAGGUUCAAAUAGCCAUAGAAGGAAGCCACUCGUAUUAAAAUAUCAACAUAAAUAUCACAUAUUGGUAAAAAAAAAUCAUUCUAAUAGCUAUAACAUUGUUGCCGUGUUAUUAAGAAUGUGACUAUGGAGUCUAUGAGAGGAACAAUCAUAUGAUUAUUCACUGAUCAAAUUUGUCUUCAGGACUUCUAUUUACCAGAAGACUAUUACCAGGACUAAUCAUAGUUCAAUAACAGCAAUUCCAGAAAAUUCUCCAUCCUGCUAGAUUUGCAUGUUGUGCCAUAAAGAAAGAAACAAGCACAAAGUUUUACUGUUUAAAAAGCAGCCGUGAUGCUGAUAGACAAUUUGGCCUACUAGAUUCAGUUGUGAACCAAGCCUUAGUGGUGUCGGAUAUUGUGAUCCAAAUUCACUUUGAGCGCCUUCACUUUUUUCCCCACCCAAGUGCUACUCCCUGAGCCUAUGCCAACACAACAGCUCUAGACUGAGCUUGAAACUACCCUUGGAGCACCAGCAGUUAGAUAGCUAGGUUGGCUUUAAACUCCUGUACUUCAGUAUCAUUAUCUUUAAUGCACUAUUUUUAUAUCUAUCUGCAAAUUCCCCAAGUAGUCUUAAAAUGCAAGACCAAACCUGAUCCCCCUGACGGAAACUGGGAGUUUUCAUUGAGACCAGCAUUUAGCCCUUUUUGCUAUCUUAUUUUAAUGAUGAUUCUACUACUUCACAUAAAGCUUACCUGUAUAACAAAAGAAAUCUAUUGCACCACUUGAAAGCAUCUGGCCUUUUACAGUAAUCCUCUACAUAUUUGUAAAGGCUAAUAGGUAUUAUUUACUAUCACCAGCUGAGGGGCUUCUUUCAAAGCUAAGAACUUUGCUAGACAAUCAAGUCAACUAAUAUCCUUCCUUAUGUUAUUGAGUCAGAGUGUUUGGCAUAACGUGUUAACACAGCUAGAUUUUCAAGGAGGCUCUUUGUACUGCUUCUUAUGCUGUGUAACUAUGGGGCUGAAUCCUGCAGCCAUUACUAAGCCUACACGCAGGUACCAAAAGCACUUAGGUACCAAUUCAGCAAGGUACUUAAGCAUGUACUUAAUUUAAGCAUGUGUUAGUCCUACUGACUAUGAGACUUAACUCAAGUACUUAAAAAUAUACGUGCUUAUUACGUUCUUUGCUUGAUCAGGGCUUCAGCUGGUAAAAUCCUGCUAGGCCUAAUUUCUGCAGCACCCACUGAACUCAUUGGGACUCAACACCAGAUAGGAAUUGGCCUAAUGGGAAUUUUGUCUGAAUAAGGACAAAGGGGCUCUCUUUGACUUCAUUGGGAACCAGAUCAGGCCCAGAGCAUGGCCUGCAGAGUUUGAUCCAUGGUAUAGGUUUGUCCUGAGUUUAGCUGAUCUGUUCACAAUAACAUUGAUCAUUGUACACUGCAAUCCUAUGACUACAAUAGCAGGUCUAACUUUACCACAUGGGUGCCUGUAUUUUACCAACUUAAAGCUUGGUCUCUUGCAGUGGAUUUGAAACUAUCCAUUUUUAGUCUUGGGUAUUUAUAUUGCUAUCAGAUUUGGAUUAUUAGUGUUUUGGGCUAUUUUCUAUUUCAGUGAUAUGGUGCAGUACUCUCCUGUACAUACAGUAUUUUAUAUAAGACAGCUCUAUGUAUAGGAGAGGUGGACUGCACUGUAUAAUCCUGCCAAUGUGUUGUAUAAAUUUCUUUCACUAAAUAGGGAAUAUAUUUAAUGAAACAUAUAUGCCAUGAGUUUUGUAUUUUGGUACUUUAUUCUUUCUGUAUUUGUUACCCGUACUGAAUGUCAAAUUAAAGUCUAAAUAAA